AUGGUUGACCAGCACGAGGGUCAGCAAGAUCAAGAGAAAAUAGCUGCCUUGAACAUCUAUGAAACAGAACACAACACCAACAGCUUCGAAUGCCAGGAAGAAUAUGCCAAAGGCAUGAUACCAAUCCGCCCAAAGCAUCUGUCUUUCGAGAGUUCUGAUACUGCAAAAGACUCUUCACCAUCCUUGUGUAAAGAAGCCCAAGUUGACGAGAGCCCUUCUAGUCCCACUGGCUCUUCGAACAUAGCUGUUCUUCAUAAUCGAGAUGAUGUCGAUAUCUCGACCGGGUGGAGGCGAUGGGUCUUCACCCUCGCUCCGCUCUUUACCAUCAUCAACACGGCCGUGUACUUCUUUUAUCUUGGUCUGCGUAUCUACUGUAUCGUUAUGGCACAAAGGUCGGUUGACAUCUACUAUGGCGGAGCCUGGAUCUUUGUUGCCGUUGAGAUGGCCGUGGCUAUACCCUCUAUGAUCCAUAACCUUUGGACCGUGAUGGCAUGGAAGAAAAGAAGCAGACCUAAGCUUAGGUUGACUGGAGAUAAAGUCCCCACUGUGGAUGUCUUCGUCACCUGUUGCGGAGAAGACGAUGUUGUUAUUCUUGAUACCGUCCGUGGUGCGUGUGAUCAAGACUAUCCACAGGAUAAAUUCAGGGUUAUCGUGCUGGACGACGCGAAAUCUGCAAGCCUGGCAGCUGCUGUGAAGGAGCUUGCUACAAUGUAUCCCAACAUCUUCUACAUGGCACGAGAAAAGAUUCCUGGCAAGCCACACCACUUCAAGGCCGGCAACCUCAACUAUGGCCUCGAGCAAGUGCAAUAUCUGCCUGGAGGAGCAAAUGAGUUGAUGGCCGCGCUAGACGCUGAUAUGAUCCCUGAGCGAGAAUGGUUGCGUGCUGUCCUUCCCCAUCUUCUUGUGGAUGCCAAGGUAGCCCUCGCGUGUCCUCCUCAGCUCUUCUACAACACACCGGCCUCCGAUCCCCUCGGGCAGAGUCUGGACUUCUUUGUACACAUCAUUGAGCCGAUUAAAGAUGCCCUUGGUGUGGCCUGGUGUACCGGAUCCGGCUAUAUCGUUCGCCGGGAAGCUCUUGCAGAUAUCGGAAACUUCCCUCUGGGGACCCUCACUGAAGAUGUCGCAACGUCAACUCUUAUGCUCGGCAAAGGCUGGAAAACAGUAUACAUCCACGAACCGCUUCAGUUUGGGUCAGUACCCGAAGACUACGGUGGACAUCUCAAGCAACGUACCCGAUGGGCAAUUGGGACCGUGGACACAGCUGCCAAGCUGAACUUCUGCCUCUGGGGUAAGAAUAUCCAGCAUCUGACCUUCGCUCAACGCUUCUCCGGAUUCAUCUACGCAAUCCUCAACUUGUUUACUCUCCUUCUCACUGCGUCUCUCUUUACCAUUCCCAUUAUCCUUUUAUGGGGUAAACCCCUCGUCGCGUACGCAAAUGAUGACCAACUCCACUGGCUCAUCUGGGCCUGUUUCGCCUCAACCAUCAUCAACCGACUCUGCGAAGCCACACUGUUCUCACCAGCAGGCUACCACACAGGCCAAAGAAACUCCCGAUUCCAGCUCUGGAUGGCCCCCUACAUCGCCGUCUGCAUGGUCCGCUCAUUCAUCCUCCCCAAAUGGCUCGGAGGUCAAACCCAAGCCUUCAAACCAACCGGAUCCCUCGCCUCAGCACUCAACGAGCGCGACCCCAAACUCACGAAGAACAUGUUCGUGCGCCUGCGCGUUAUGUUGCUGAACUACAUGGUGUUCUUCCAUCUCGCCUUCGUUUAUGUCACUUUGAUCGCAGUUAUCGUCUCCUCAUACCGCUGCUUCGCCAUCGAAAACGGCGCCAGAGACGUCAUCGUCUGCCUCAUCACGCAUGCCUUCUGGCCGCCUUUCGCUUUCUUCUUCAUCUGCAGCUCCAUGUGGACGCCGAUCGCCUAUGCGAUCAAUCCCCCGAUCAUGCCCGAUCGUGAGGAUCUCCUCGUGCGCGAUCAGAAGACUGGUGUUGCUCAUCCCACGGAGGAGAGUAAGCGCAUCGCGUUCGGUGGUCAGGCUGUUUGGUUCGAGUUCGAGUAUUCGGCUGCUACUAUCGCUACCGUUUUGGUCUUUGCAUACUCUUUCUUCUUUUAG